ACGUAUACACACAUACGUCUGUUUGCGCGCCAACGCUGCUGAAUACGUGUAAUUCUUAUAGGCAUCUGAGUUAGCGCGUACGCAUUAUAUACUAUACAGGACCUCAUCGCGUCGACUGCUACUCGCCGAGCUGCAAUAGCGUGUGCCUCCGCUACGACGACGACGAGGUUAAAACGAACGAGCCACUGCGUCGUGCCAGUACUGCUGCUCCGCUGGCGUGCAGGCCAAUUUGCUUUGGCAUAGCGGAAAAAUGUCGUCGCCGAGCGAGCUCUCCCUCGAGGAGAUUCGCCGUUACCUGCUGGCCCAGGGCGGCUCGGCCCGCAAUCAGGACCUCGUCAUCCACUUCAAGAAGUUCCUCACUGAUCCCGAGACCAGAGUCGAAGCGAGAAAUCGUUUCAAGGAGUACAUCAACACUUUGGCCACGAUCAAGACGGAAGAGGGAGAAAAAUUUUUAGUACUGAAGAAAAAGUUCCGCCAAGCAUCGCUAGAUCUGUCAUCACCUACUUUAAGUUUUGCACAGUAUCCAACUUCACCACUCUCCACUCCAGAUCUUGCUACACCAACUUCUCCUUUAAGAGACUUAUCACUAGCAUCCUCAAUUCGAGAUCCUCAACCACCAUCUUUGAAAGAUCAUUUUAAAACACCAGUAAGAGAAGCUAUACCUCCUCCUGUGCGUGGAUUAGCUUUGCAAUCAUCGCCCUCAAGAACACCUCCUCCUUACAGACCUCCACCUGUAGCACCUCUCAGUCCUUUGAGCAAUACCACCUCACCUAUCCGUCGAUUUCCAGUUGAACCACCAAUUGGUUUGCCCCUUGGUAUACCAAUUGCUGAACCUGCCAUACAACAUGUGUUACCUAGUGCCUCUUCGAGGUAUUCAGAGAGCGAAUCUGAAUCAUCUAGCUCCAGUACGUUGCCUCCCUCAGUACCUCCAAGAAGAAAAAGUCAAGAUAAAAUCAAAUUUAGUAAUAAAGAAAACCAAGGUAUCAUCGACAAGAACAAAAAUGCAUCUGAAACAAUUAAGGAAGACGCGAUGUCCAUAUCGUCGACAACGUCCACGGCGUCUUCUCAGCAGCAGCAGCCACCACAGAUGACACAACAACAGCAAAAGGAGAAGGAGCAGCAACAGCAGCUAGAACAGCUGAGUGUUAAGGAGCGCAUGCAAAGAUUCAACAGACUGGCAACCGAGACCGAUUUGGCUGCCAAGGCCGCCGCCGUCGUCGGUGUGUCGUCACCGCCGGCGGCAUCAACGAGUAAAAAGCGUGCCGAUAAGGGAACCGAGGAGGAUGACAGAGCUUCCGUCGCAUCGUUUUUACUUCCGGCUCAACAGCAACUGGACGCAAAGUCACGCGAAUGGUUGGUCCGAGCAGCACAGGGUGACUAUCAGGCACUUGCGAAACUUGCGGCUGAGGAACCCCGACUCGCCAGAACUAAGUUAUACUACCUGAACAAUUUUUCUGAAAUACUAAUGCAAUCUUCUAGUAAAUUAUUAGAUGAUCAUGGUUAA